AUGACAUCCGAAAAACUCCAGGAGUGGCUGUCACGGGUGUGGGGUCCAAACACCGGCAACGUUAGGCGGUUGUUGGUAUUAGACCUAGCUCCUAUUCACAAAACGCAGGCAGAAAAGAAUGCUGUGGAGGUGCGAGAUACAGACAUUGCAUACGGGCUGGCUGGAUGCACAAGCCUACUGCAGCCAGCCGACGUGUACUGGAAGCAGUCUUUCAAAGCCAGCCUUCGAAGCAGCUGGGAGGAGUUCAUGCGCAUAGCAGAAAGAACUUCGAAAAGAAAUCUGCGAGAACAGUCGCGUCAGGAUGUACUGAAUUUUGUGGCCACAGCGUGGGACGCUGUACCAGAGACGACCAUUAUUCAGAGUUUAAAGGAGUGCGGAAUAUCGAAUGCACUAGAUGGAUCGGAGGAGGAGCUUCUACAUGGCCGGUUGUCCAGCGUUGGGGACAUUUGUCCAGAACAUCCCGAGCAACUGCAGGCUGAAUGCUACAGCCUGUUGUUUGACACCGACUCUGACAGGUCCUUUGAUGGAUAUGAAAGCGAAUGA